CGGGUGCCGGGGAGUUUCCGCGCCGCUGACGCACGGCGGGGGCGCACGGCGGGGGCGCACGGCGGGGCCGCCGCGUCCUACGCAGCAGCCGCGAGCCGGCCGGCGGGGGCAGCCCAGGGACGCCGGGCCGAGGAGCCCCCAGGAGGCCCGCGCGACGCUGACGAGUUGCUAUGGCAUCCUACUACGAGAUCCUAGACGUGCCCCCAAACGCCUCGGCUGAUGACAUCAAGAAGGCGUAUCGCAAGAAGGCUCUGCAGUGGCACCCUGACAAGAACCCCGAUAAUAAAGAGUUUGCCGAGAAGAAGUUCAAGGAGGUGGCCGAGGCCUAUGAAGUGCUGUCGGACAAACAUAAGCGGGAAAUCUACGACCGCUAUGGCCGGGAAGGGCUGACUGGGGCAGGGUCUGGCCCAUCCCGGGCAGGCACAGAUACUGGCCAGGGCGGGGCCCCUGCCUUCGUCUUCAGCUUCCGCAGCCCCGAGGAAGUCUUCCGGGAGUUCUUCGGGACCGGAGACCCUUUCUCCGAACUCUUUGAUGACCUGGGCUCCUUCUCCGAGCUGCAGGGCCGCCUGUCCCCUCGUUCCGGCCCUUUCUUCACCUUCUCGUCCUUCCCCGGCCACUCCUCCAAUUUCUCCUCCUCCUCCUUCUCCUUCAGUCCCGGUGCUGGGGCUUUUCGCUCUGUUUCUACAUCCACCACCUUUGUCCAAGGACGCCGCAUCACCACACGCAGAAUCAUGGAGAACGGGCAGGAGCGGGUGGAAGUGGAGGAGGACGGUCAGCUGAAGUCAGUCUCCAUCAAUGGUAUCCCUGACGACCUGGCGCUGGCCCUGGAGCUGAGCCGGCGCGAGCUGCAGCCGUCCAUUGGGCCGUCCAUCGGCCCCCGGCCCGGGGGCUCACAGGGGCAGCCGCCGCAACAGCAGCAGCCGCCGCCGCCGACCCCCGCCUCACUCCGUAAUGACAUUGACCUUUUUGAGGAUGAGGACCUGCAGCUGGCCAUGGCCUACAGCCUGUCCGAGAUGGAGGCCUCUGGGCAGAAACCGGCAGCCGACCCCAAGCCUCAGGACUAGGCAGAGAUGUGUUCUGAGCUGGAUGUCCGGGAUCCAGAGUCGCUGCACAGUUCCAACAGGACAGCACCCUCUCCCCCCGUGUGCUGGGAAGGGGACCUUCCAUCCCUCUCCCUGACCCGUGCAGCGCUAGAGCUGAGUGGGGGGGUGGGGGCCGGGGGGAGGUGCCCAGUAGUCUUAGCCUGUGAACUCUGCCCCGGAUCUUUUGCGGGGGGCUGUCUCUUGGAGACUACAAGUCCCAGAAUGCAACGCCUCCGGCCUCAUCUCUGAUAGGUUAAGCUUGCGGGGGAGCGGGCGCCUGGUGGCGGAGCUGUGCAUCUUGGGAUAUGUAGUUCCAGCCCCGCUCGCUCCGGGAGCCUGGGGGACAUCUUGUCAUUUAGA